UUGACUCUCCCCCUCCCUGCCCUCGCGCUCUUGUCGCUCGCUCGCCCUCAGCCGCGGCCCCCGCCAUGACGGAGGCGGGUGCCGGUGCCGUUGCCGCCGCUGCCGUCGCAGGGGGGGAGUCGGGUUCCCAGAAAGUAGCUUGAUGAGUGUCCAAAGUAGCAGUGGAAGUUUGGAGGGGCCGCCAUCUUGGUCCCAGCUCUCCACGUCUCCAACCCCGGGCUCGGCGGCGGCGGCCAGGUCCCUGCUGAAUCACACGCCGCCAUCCGGGAGGCCCAGGGAAGGUGCAAUGGAUGAGCUUCACAGUCUGGAUCCGAGAAGGCAAGAGCUGUUGGAAGCCAGGUUCACUGGAGUUGCGAGUGGGAGCACGGGGAGCACUGGCAGUUGCAGUGUUGGAGCUAAAGCGUAUGUGAGGGGUAAAGAUUAUUUAACAUAUUUGGCAGGCAGAAUUUGCAUAGAGUCUUCCAUCCACUGGUUCACUCCCCAGGCCUCAACAAAUAAUGAAAGUUCUAAUCACAGUUUUGGAAGCUUGGGAUCUUUAAGUGACAAAGAAUCAGAGACACCAGAGAAGAAACAAUCAGAAUCAUCUAGGGGAAGAAAGAGGAAAGCAGAAAACCAGAGUGAAAGUAGUCAGGGAAAAAUUAUUGGGGGACGUGGCCACAAAAUUAGCGACUAUUUUGAAUACCAAGGUGGGAAUGGCUCCAGUCCAGUAAGAGGCAUACCUCCUGCAAUCCGUUCUCCUCAAAAUUCACAUUCACAUUCCACUCCUUCCUCAUCUGCUCGACCGAAUAGCCCUUCUACAGCAUUAGUUUUUGGGGACCACCCUGUUGUACAACCAAAGCAGUUAUCCUUUAAAAUUACUCAGACUGAUCUGACAAUGCUGAAAUUAGCAGCAUUAGAAAGUAAUAAAAACCAGGACCUGGAAAAGAAGGAAGGUCGUAUAGAUGAUUUGCUCAGGGCUAACUGUGAUCUCAGACGGCAAAUAGAUGAACAACAAAAAUUACUUGAAAAAUACAAAGAACGAUUAAAUAAGUGCAUAUCAAUGAGCAAGAAACUUCUUAUUGAAAAGAGUACACAAGAAAAACUAUCAAGCAGAGAGAAGAGUAUGCAAGAUAGAUUACGCCUUGGGCACUUUACCACAGUUAGACAUGGCGCUUCAUUUACUGAACAAUGGACAGAUGGUUUUGCAUUUCAGAAUCUUGUGAAGCAGCAAGAAUGGGUGAAUCAGCAAAGGGAAGAGAUUGAGAGGCAAAGGAAGCUUCUAGCCAAACGCAAACCUCCCACGGCUAAUAAUUCCCAGGCACCAUCUACCAAUUCUGAACCGAAACAAAGGAAAAACAAAGCAGUCAAUGGAGCAGAAAACGACCCUUUUGUUAGACCAAAUUUACCACAACUGUUGACUUUGGCAGAAUAUCAUGAACAGGAAGAAAUUUUCAAACUUAGACUAGGACAUCUCAAAAAGGAAGAGGCAGAGAUCCAGGCAGAACUGGAACGCUUGGAAAGAGUUAGAAAUCUUCACAUACGGGAGCUCAAAAGAAUAAACAACGAAGAUAAUUCACAGUUCAAAGAUCACCCAACGUUAAAUGAAAGAUAUUUAUUACUUCAUCUGCUUGGUAGAGGCGGCUUCAGUGAAGUUUAUAAGGCUUUUGACCUUUAUGAACAAAGAUAUGCUGCUGUGAAGAUCCAUCAGCUUAAUAAAAGCUGGAGAGAUGAGAAAAAAGAAAACUACCACAAACAUGCCUGCAGAGAGUAUAGAAUACACAAAGAACUGGAUCACCCCAGGAUAGUUAAACUCUAUGAUUAUUUCUCCUUGGAUACAGAUACAUUUUGUACAGUGCUAGAAUACUGUGAAGGAAAUGACUUGGAUUUCUAUUUGAAGCAACAUAAGUUAAUGUCAGAGAAAGAAGCUAGAUCUAUUGUAAUGCAGAUUGUGAAUGCACUAAGAUAUCUCAACGAGAUCAAACCCCCUAUUAUACAUUACGAUCUUAAGCCAGGAAACAUCCUGUUGGUAGAUGGAACAGCAUGUGGAGAAAUCAAAAUCACUGAUUUUGGCCUGUCCAAGAUUAUGGAUGAUGACAGCUACGGUGUGGACGGAAUGGACCUAACUUCCCAAGGCGCAGGCACAUACUGGUAUUUACCUCCUGAGUGUUUUGUAGUUGGAAAAGAGCCGCCCAAGAUUUCCAACAAGGUUGACGUGUGGUCAGUUGGGGUCAUCUUCUUCCAGUGUCUCUAUGGUAGAAAGCCAUUUGGUCACAAUCAAUCUCAGCAAGACAUUCUUCAAGAAAAUACAAUAUUAAAAGCCACAGAAGUUCAGUUCCCUGUGAAGCCAGUUGUAAGCAGUGAAGCCAAGGCCUUUAUAAGACGCUGUUUGGCGUAUCGAAAAGAAGAUCGAUUUGACGUGCACCAACUGGCAAAUGACCCGUACCUCCUCCCACACAUGAGAAGAUCGAAUUCUUCAGGAAACCUGCACAUGGCUGGGCUGACGGCAUCCCCGACACCCCCCUCGUCAAGCAUAAUUACUUACUGACUCCUCCAAAGCUGGCAUGGGAUCUUUGGAAUGCUUCCAGAUGCACACUUGCGUUUGAAAGCAUUUGAGCACCGGCUUCAUUUCCACAUGAGACCUGGUUAAGAACCGCGUCUUGACAGCGUCGUCGGUGUGAGUGGAUCAUGGACGAUGACCGAGCGCACACUUCCCAGCAUCCACCGUGAGCAGCACAGGGAGACUGCCUGUUGCAGACAGAGGAAGGCCAUGUGAAGACACAAGAAAACCUGGCUUUCCUGUUUAUCUGGGGAACAUUGUAAAUAACGUUUAUAGUACCUAAAUACAUUUGAUUGUUACUAGAGAGUUCUAAUACGAAGGGUAGUUUUUCAUUAUUUAAAAACACAAGGGGGGAAAUGAGACGUUUCUAACACAAGAACUACAGUGCCUGGAUACAUUCUUCAGCGUUUGGCAGUUCACCUGCUGAGACCAAAGUAAGAACUGAGUGCCGGCGACGGUGGUGUUUAUAGUGCAGAAUGUGAGACUCUGGACAGAGCUAGGCUUUCUCAUUUACCAAGUUGUACCUCGAAACCCCCACUUGUCCUUUUUUCCCACUGGUUAUAUUAAAGGGGGAGCUGUUAUUCCUAGACGCUCUCCACCUUUGACAAAAUCAGCUGCUUGUUUGGAAGUCAGUUGAAUUCACUGAAUUAUAACAUCUCUAGUGAUUUCAACAUGUUUGAAUUGCCAACAGGUAUUUUUUGUUACCAGGCCUUGUUCAUUAAAACAAGUGACAGUAUGUAACCAAAUGCAGACUAGUUCUAUGCAGGAUAAUGAUAAAUUCCCUUCUCGCUCUAUUGUAAAUUACUGUACAGGUGUCAUUUCAAUUACUAAGUUUCAGCAGCUUAUUCUUGUACAAAUGUUUAAAAAUAUGGCUUUUCUAAUUGGAUAUUGUAUUUUUUUUAAGUCUUCUUGAAGGCGCUUUAAUUGCUGCUAAAUGAUGUUGCUUCUUUGCUAAAAAAAAACAAAAAACAAAAAACAAAAAAAAUGGAAUGAAUUCCUUGCAGGUUCUAGUUGACUGUACGUGAUGGAGAUCUUAAAGCAGGCUUUCAUUAACCAUUGAGUCAUGUAAAAAUGAUCCACGUGAUCAGUCUGUUGGGCUCUAGGGCUGUGGAGCACAUAGAUACUAGAUUUAUAGUGUUCAGGUUACUCUACAUUUCUAGAAGGUUCUUAUCAGCAAGGUGGGGUAAUGGUCCCAUAAACAAGUUUCUUGUGGUUUGUACAGAUUUGUUAAAAUGUGAACAUUUUCCAACUGCCUUGUAUGGUAGAAACCAAUCUUUUUUCAGGACACUGUUUUUCAUUUCUCUAAGGAUUUUUUUCUCUGUCAUCACAGCCAUGAUGCUUACCUGUAAGCUGUCCGUGUUGCAGAAAAAGGAGGCUGUACUCACCACAGAUGCUCCUCAUCAUUGUACAGUUGAACUGUGGCUCUUAGCUCUGAUGUUGCAAGCCAUUUUGUGGGUUUUUUUUUUUUUUCAUUGUACAUAGACACAUUGUCUAAGAUGCUGCUGAAAUUGUAGAGAAUGUAGCCAAAACAGUAAUAAACAAUGACAGUUAAAAUGUAAAGACUGAAAAUUACAUCAAAGGGAGCUUUCAAGAUUUAGGCUACUGACCGUCUUAGCCCUUAAUCAGCUGAAUCAAUUCUUUAAGUAUACUUCAAGACAAGUACAAAAUGUCUCAUGCUGUUAGGUAUACUAAUAACCAUUAUCAACGCCAGUCCUGGGGGACUGACAGUGCUGUUGGGACUGGCUUGAGGGCCAAACCUGUUGCUCCAAAGAUUAAGACAGAAAUCCUGGUUUUUUGCAAUUUUUUUUAAAAGAACCCUGACACAGUACUGAAGUGUUAUCAUUGCUUGAGUGCUUUAGUGCUGCCUGCAUAUUUCUCUAGUUUUGUUUGAAUUUUCACCUUUCUGAAUCUUAAAGUACCCUCAUGGAAUAACUGCUGAAGCCCUGACUUACAGGGAAAUGCCUAGUUUUAAGAUUGUGCUGAGGUAUACAGUGGAUGUAUAAAUAUGAGAUUGAAUAAAUAGUAUAGACUUAGA